UUUCACAGUUGGUUGCAAUACGUGUUGGUUGAAACACAUCAAUUUAUUAGGACGUUUAACAAUUAGUAUAAAGAUAUAUACCGUAAAAGAAAUAAAAUCUGUUGCAAAAUGUCGUCAAAAGAUGAGCAAAUCAAACAUAUUGACAAAGAUUUGGAUUUAUCGAAUGCCGGACGUGGUGUUUGGUUGGUAAAAGUACCAAAAUAUUUGGCAAAUAAAUGGGAAAAAGUGCCUGGUUCAACUGAAGUUGGUAAAUUGCGUAUCACAAAACAAUCAGGUCAAAAAGCACAAGUUUCACUUUCACUGAAUGAAAAUAUCACAAACAUUGAUCCACAAGAGCCAAUACCGAAAGAACAUUUUUUAGACGUAUCGGUUGUUACAAAACAAACAUUAGGCGUAUUCUCACACACAAGUCAAGGUAAAAGUGACGAAACAAAUGGAGAAAGUGAAAAAUUGUACAUGGAGGGACGAAUUGUUCAAAAGCUGGAGUGUCGCCCGAAUGCGGACACAACAUAUAUGGCAUUGAAGAAGGAAUCGAUUCGCCGUGCAGCCGAACCAGAAAGAAAGGUCCAAUCACUCGAACGUAUUGUACAAAAUUUCAAACCAAUUUCAGAUCACAAACACAACAUCGAAUACCGUGAAAAACGAAAGGCCGAAGGCAAAAAGGCUCGUGAUGACAAAGCUGCCGUUCAAGAUAUGCUAUUCAAUGCAUUCGAAAAGCAUCAAUACUACAAUAUCAAGGAUUUGGUGCGCAUCACAAACCAACCCAUUGCCUAUUUGAAAGAGGUGCUCAAAGAAGUUUGUGAUUACAACAUGAAAAAUCCACAUAAAAAUAUGUGGGAACUGAAGAAAGAAUAUCGUCACUACAAGACUGAAGAGAAAAAAGAGCCGGCCACACAAUCAACAAGCGCCACACUGUCGGACAGCGAUUAAUUCAAUUUCGAUCAGACUCAUUUGAAAAUCGGUCACGACCAUCAUCGCUCGUAUGAAUCUAUUAUUUCCAUUAUCUAUUUUCUACCAUUUUCGAGAAUACCAUGUAACUAUAACAUACGUAAGGUGUAAAAAAAGCACUUCCAAAUAACAUCAAAUAAAUCGAAUAAACGUG